CCUAUAUAUAUUAAUUCUCCCAUAUACUUAGCUUCCUUAUUACUAUAUUACUUUAAUCUUCUUCUCUAACUGCUUGACUCCUAAAACGCACAAAGAUUGCAACUAUAUGUACCACCCGUACUCCAAUAUAACAUAUCCGCAGAUUCAUCAGAUCUUAAAGGCUGUGAGUUUUAACAUUGUGUUUCUCUAGACUUUUUUUUUUUCUCCACAUAUCUAUCCUUAUAUAUGGGAGCUACGUUUAAAGAAGGGGUUCGAUUGAAUUCUCUUAAUUAGAAAAUUAUACUAGAGUAGAAAUAUACAUACAUACAUAUAUAUAUAUAUAUAUAUAUAUAUUUGUAUAACAUUCUUGAAUUCUCUUAACAUAGAGGAAGGUUUUAUUGUUUCGACAAAGGUUGUUCAAAAAUUUUCAGAUUAUAAUUUCAGGUAAUUUGUCAUUUUUGCUCUUUUGACUUGUUAGAUUUCAUGACUUCUCCAUUGAUAUGUAUAUAUAUAGGUUUUGUGAAGUGACUUUAGAUCCGCCUCGGAUGGGGAGGGGUGAGAGGCGGAUGUAGUGUAAUGACUACGAGAUCAACUAGACCUAUAACUUUUGACGCAGAGUAAAAAAUUAUAUUUAAAAUUUUAUUAAAAUUGCAAAAAUAAUAUAUAUGAACCCAUAACUUUAAAAAUAUAAUGGGUUCAAUAUUAAAAAUAUUAAAAUUGAACCUAUAAAAUUUAAAUCCUAGAUCCACUUCUGGGAGGGGUAGGGUUGAGAUGAAGCGGAUCGAGAACAAGAUUAGUAGGCAGGUCACUUUCUCAAAGAGAAGGUUAGGUUUGUUGAAGAAGACUCACGAGAUCUCCGUCUUGUGUGAUGCUGAUGUUGCUUUGAUUGUUUUCUCUGCCAAAGGCAAGCUCUUUGAGUACUCCACUGAAUCCAGCAUGGAAAGUAUCCUCGAAAGAUACGAAAGUUACUCAUAUGCUGAGAGGAAGUUGAAUGCAAAUGACUCUGAACCUAAGCAAAACUGGACUAUGGAGUACCCAAAGCUCAUGUCAAGGAUUGAACUUCUACAAAGAAAUAUAAGGCAUUAUAUGGGAGAGGAUCUGGAUUCCUUCUGUCUGCGAGAGUUUCAUGGUUUAGAGCAACAACUUGAUACAGCUUUGAAGCGAAUACGCGCCAGGAAGAACCAACUGAUGCAUGAGUCCAUUUCCCAGUCGCAGAGAAAGGUCAAUUAUAUAAAAAUAUCUCGUGGUAAUUGAAAAUAUGAAGUUGAUUUCAGUUAUGGUCAUUGAGCUUUAUCCACUACAACAAUAUGAUAGAAAACUAACUAUUCUGUAUCAAAUUGAAGUAAUGAGAAUUUGUAUAAUAGAACAAUAGAAUCACGAAACUACUUAUGUCACACUAAAGUAACUGAACAAUAUGUGAAUUGUUCGGAUAAUAUAUACGACUGAAAUGUCAAAAUUUACCGUGCUGAAUAAUAGUUUGGUUUCUUCUUUUUUGGUU